ACUUCUUAUCGGUAAAAAUACGAGCCGCGGAGGCCUAGCUAGCAUGCCUAGCACCACCCAGUACAGUCUUUGCCGGGCAGUGAAAUUAUUUUUGUACACGGCUUGGGCGAAGGCCUACGAGCUUACAAGUCCUGUUUGAACGGAGUGGACGAUCAAAUCGUUUGGUCGCUCACCUGUUACCGAGUCGGCGAGGAAACAGUAAGAACACUGGACUCCAUCGAAAGUGCCGCGCCGGCGGGUACACAGUCACUGCCAGUGAAGCCCGCUAUCGCAGCUUUGUUCAAGGGCAGUCCCAGUGCAUAUAAUAAACCCGCCCCAGGAACAUACCCGCAUUGCUGACUCUGCUGACUGACCCUGGCCUCAGGCUAGCUGUCGUCACGCCGGCACUGAGCCCGCAUGGAAGCGAGCAACCCAUCGCAAGCCCAAGCCGCGACUAUUCGACGGACUGAGGAACACGUGCCGUGCCCGCUGCGGCGACAACGGCAGACGAGAGCAAAGUGGUAGCAACAGCAGCAGCAGCAGCAGCAGCAGCGCCAAAAGUAACGUUGUUUUAAGAGUGGCGUAUGACUGCGGCAAUGCGGCCCACUUACAGUGAGUACCCACGUCGGCAGUGCCACACCACCUGGCAUCCGGCAGUGGUGUCUGCUGUGUUGGUAUUUGCCAUGCUAAUAGUGCCCAAUCUAGUGGUGGAUGCGGCAGCAGUGGUGGAUGCGGCAGCAGUGCCGGAUACAAUCCCCGUGACUACUUGCCGUGGUGCCUGUAGCAGCUUGAGUACGAGUGAGCAAUCGUACAAUCUCUCUGGCUGUGAUGAGUUCUUCGCCGGGGCGGAUGGUGAUAUCGUGGACUGUAAACAUAGUUUCGAGGACUUGGACAGCAGUUUAAUUUGCACCAGGCUGAUUUUUCAAUUUGACGGUGAAACGUGCACGUCCUCGCUGGCUGCAGGGAUUUAUCGGAAAUAUCUCAACAAGAACUUGCCCAAGACGGAGUACAGCAGGUACCUUGCAAGUUGUCCACUUUCUAAAUGUGUAGACCUGGACAUUGCCAGUAAACGAGAGACGGAUCUGCCUCUGGUGCAAGCAUGUGUUCGCUUAGCAGCCAUUAAUGCAGCGAAGAGCGGGCUGGUCAAGUUGCCACCUGCGCCAGUUCAUGACUGCCUAAGUGAAAGUGAUGCGUUUGCAUCUCAGACCGAUUCCAGCUUGUGCGGAAAUGAGCGGCAGUAUUUCUGCAGUCAGUGGGACGCCUGCAGCUGUUCUAAAGACACGCAUGAUAUACGUGACUGUGACGGCGUGUGUUUAGUACUCACGUCAGUCCGACAGAACCCACGUCACCUCUGCAGAGUCCUAAGUACAGCGCUAUCUAUGCGUAACAGCUACCUGGCAAAACAGAUUCCAUAUCCAGGGGCUGUAUUCGAGGACCGGAGCUUUGGCAAUCAGCAGCUGCAGUACAAAUGCCAGUUUCCUAGCGGUGAUGAGACCUGGAUGAUGUGCGACUACCUGGGCCAGCUCAUCCGUGCAAACGAUCUUUGCGUCAGCUCAUGUGACGAACUGGACGAAUUCAAGCUAGCAUUGCCUGACAAGACUCGCAGCCCGGUGCUGCAGGAUAUUUUGGAAGAGCUCAAGCGGCUUGUUGGUGAAUUCCCUGAUUGCUGCCAGUGGAGUAAGGCAAUGAGAGUUGCACAGUAUCUAAAUGCAAACAGACGCAAGUUGGAUGAGCUUUCCGCACUUUACAAGCUUCAACAUAGCCAUUUGAUGGACGUUUGCCACCCGCAGUUGAUAUGUGAUCCUUUGGCGAGAGGCUUCAUGAAAACUCCUUCUGACAAGUGUUCUUGGCGGAUUGCAACUGCCUGUACCCAGGUGGUUGCUUUGUACUGGUUUAAAGAGGAUGACCUUUGGAGCCAGUGGCUGAGCAUUCCUGAACCAACUAAGGCGGCCGUGUCAAAAGAGCCACAAGGUAAAGCUGAAGGAGAAGCUGUUCCAGCGUCUGUCAUGGAAUCUAAUCCAGAAGGGGACGGAGAAAUUCCUCCAGCUCCAGCUCCAGAGGCAGAAAGAGACGUUCCUCCAACGCUGGACGUGAAAGCUAAACCAGAGGCGGAAGCAGAAGGUGCUCCAGCUCUGGACGUGGAAGCUAAGCCAGAGGCGGAAGCAGAAGGUGCUCCAGAGUCUGUCGUGGAACCUAUUCCAGAGGAGGGCGGAGAACUUCAACUUCCAACUCUGAACGUGGAAGCUACUCAAGAGGCAGAAGAUGGUGCUCCAAUAGGGUAUGCUCUUUCUGCUGAUGAGGUCAGCUUGAGACAUGAAACUAAUGGCAAUGGAACUGUAACAGGCGACGCUGACCACAAUGGAACUGUAACAAGCGACGCUGACCAUAGUGACGUAGAACGCUACGGCACCUACGUGCUUGUACUUAUCGUCUUUCUCGGUGUGGGAUUGGCUUUGUUCACCUACCGAAAUGAGGCGUUAGUUUGCCUUGCACAAGGUGGCAAGGACAAACACCGAGGUGG